UAGUCAGGCACACCUUUUUAACACCUUAUCAGCGAGGGCGUGCCCAAAACGAGUCUAGUCUGAAAGGUAACCUGGAAUUACCACACCACGCCACUGCUGAAGCUGGAAAAUGGGCAAAGCAGGUGGACGUGCCGAUUUUGAAUGGGUUUACGACGAGCAACCGCACACAUGGAGAAGAAAGGAAAUAUUAGCAAAGUACCCAGAGAUCAAGACUUUGAUGGGUCCUGACCCCCAACUGAAGUGGGUAGUGUCAGGAAUGGUGCUCACCCAGCUGCUGGCGUGUUAUCUGGUGCGUGACCUAUCUUGGAAAUGGGUGUUCUUCUGGGCAUAUGCCUUUGGUGGGUGCAUCAAUCACUCCUUGACCCUGGCCAUUCAUGACAUUUCUCACAAUGUGGCCUUUGGUAACAAGCAAGCCCGCUGGAAUCGCUGGUUUGCCAUGUUUGUCAACUUGCCCAUUGGCCUGCCUUACUCUGCCUCCUUCAAAAAGUACCACAUUGACCACCAUCGCUAUCUGGGAGGGGACGGGCUGGACGUGGACAUCCCUACGGACCUGGAGGGGUGGUUCUUCUGCACACCAGUGAGGAAGGUUCUGUGGCUCUUCCUUCAGCCCUUCUUCUAUGCACUCCGCCCUUUAGUGGUAAACCCAAAGCCUGUGACCAAAUUGGAGAUGAUGAACGCUGCUGUACAGUUUGCAGUGGACAUUGCCAUCUAUUAUCUUUGGGGUCUUAAACCCAUAAUAUAUCUCAUUGCUGGGUCCAUACUGUGCAUGGGUCUGCAUCCCAUCUCUGGACACUUUAUUGCUGAGCACUAUAUGUUCCUGAAGGGCCAUGAGACCUAUUCGUACUAUGGUCCCUUAAACCUAAUCACUUUCAAUGUGGGAUACCACAUGGAGCAUCAUGACUUCCCUAGUGUCCCUGGUAGUAAGUUACCUGAGGUGAAGAGAAUUGCAGCUGAGUACUAUGACUCCCUACCACAGCACACCUCCUGGAUACGAGUGCUCUGGGACUUUGUGUUUGACGACAGUAUCGGCCCGUAUGCCAGAAUCAAGCGAGAAUACAAACUGGCCAAACAGGAAUAAGCUGUACACUAGUUAGAUGCAUUAUUCUCUCUGAGCCACCAUUCAACCUUAAACAGGAAACUCUGGACAAGCCUGAUGAACUGGUAGAAAUGUGCUUAAACUUUCCAAUUUACACAGCAGGGAACAAGUUUAGGAUACCGGUGAACUUGUACUUAUGGUCACUUCAUCUGAUGUGUAAUUUUGACUAUUGUAGUUAUAAAUCUAUUCAAGUAAAUGCUGAGAUGAAAUCUGCAUUUGUGCUAACCAAACUCUAAAAUGUCUGUGCCUAGCACUCCAGUGCUAACAAAGUGUUUUCAUCAAUGAUGCCCCAGUCUGCCAUUUUGGCAUGUAAAGUAUCUUCUAAGAUUUAAUAUAUUUUGUAUUAUGCCUUAACUAUCAUGAUCUGCAAUCACUCACAUUUUGCAUGACUUGAGAUGCUGAAAAAUGGGUUCAUAGAAAAUAGGUUCCUUCCUGGAUACUUUAAGAUGUUAUGGCUGAAUUAAAACAAUCAUGCCAUGAGUACAUAUUCCUGCAUAAGUAGGAAAAGUGGUGUGUUUUUAUCAACAAAUAUGAGAAACAAAAAGUCAGACCAUUAGGAUGACAUGCUAAGGCCAAAGUUGUGGUGCUACAAAACAUUUUGGUAGGUUUUAAGGAAAUCAUCACACAGGUUUAUGGUAGUGUAAAGGUGAGAAUCAUUUUUAGAAUUUCAUGGGUCUGCUCUGAUUAUUUACUGGAGAAUUGUUUUGUAACAGUAUUUUAUAAGCCAUAAUCACAUGGAUGUCUUUUUUUUAACAAAUGAGGGCUUUCUUUAAAGCAAAGGUUCAUUACUCUUUCAA